AUACGAACGUCGUUCAUCUCAAUGGAAUGUCAGUCAUGAUGAACACAAAGAACAUCAGAGCGACACACAUGCAUCCGGGCCAUAGAGACACAUACAAGACAGCCAACGAUACAUGACAGACAGACAGACAGACAGCUUCAUCCGCCCUCUUGCUCCUGCCGCAAAGCCACCCUGCCCUGCUCUCCCACCUCCUCCCCAUCCCCCCCUCCCUCUCCCUCUCCCUCGUGUGAGGCCUCCUGCCAGGCCCACGCAACACCCACCAACGACGACCGCUCACCGUCACCACCAUCGUCACCAGCAGUAUCGCUCGAGGCCAGCAAAUCGGCCGUGCUGCUGGCCGUGUCGGCCAUCCGCCGACGCCUCUCGUCUGCCAGCGAUGCCGCGACGUCAGCAGAUAUGUUGAGCUGCGGCCGAUGUACUGCGGAAAGCGCCAGUCGGAAGAGCAGCCAAUCCGGGAGAUCCGACUUCUGCUGCAGAAGCUGACACGAACACAGAGACAGGCGGCAACAAUGCAGUCUCAAUGCACGCCACAUAUGCUUCGUGGGUCUCCCUCCCCCUCACUCACCGACCUGCUGUUCGCAUCUUCGUGACAGCGGGUCACACAGCCGCCGCACAGAGGAGCAGUCGGCCAGACCGACCCCUCCAGACCGACACUGACCGACCUUUGCCGCCUCGAAUGCGCGGUGUCGCCGCCAGCCUGCCGCUGCUGCACCGUUGACCCAUCUGCACACACACACAGACACAGACACAGACACACACACACACACACAGAGAGAGAGAGAGAGAGACUCUUGCUCUACGUUAGUUACUGCUCGGUCCAUCCCCUCCCUCUCCGCCUCAGCCAUUUCAGCAAUACAGACAUAGCCACUGCACCACACACUCUGGAACAGGGCUGCAUCUUGGUAUCUCAGUGUGACCAUAAGAACCGAUUCAGCCCGGUCAAAUCACGCUUAGUCUGUCAUGCAGAAAGACGGUCUCUCUGUCUCAAGUCAGUCAGUCAUGACAAGGCACGCACACCGCUAAGUGUCGCCUCCUUUUUGCGCCUUCCUUGAUGCCUCAUGCCGUUCUGCCGCAGUGUCACGGCCCCCUCCCUGUUGCUGUCUGUCUGCCAUUGCCGCUGCUUCUCGCAGCUCGUCCAACGACCACCUGACAGACAAACGGAUAGAUACAGGGCCCACACACAGACACACAUACACAUGACUGUCUGUUGUCUUAGAUGUUGUGUGCUGUAUCGUGACGCCCACCAUUCAAUGUAUCCGGCGUCGGCCAUGGGCCUCAUGUCUUUCCGCCUCUCCCUCUCGCGCACCAUCAGCGAGUCCUCCUCAGCGUAUCGCUCGGCGUCGCUCUCCGCCACUGGUUGCUGACCUGACUCAGUCUCCUCAUCAACGUCGUCGCUGAAGUCGAAUACGAGCUCUUCGCCACUCAACGCGCCCCUUCCCUCCCGCUCCUCGAUAUCCUCAAGCACGCUGUUCAUCAUUUCCACCUGCGCACCCACAUCAACCUACACACACACACACACACACGCAACACCAAUGCCACACGGAUCAUCAACGGCCAGUGCUAUUGAUUGAUGCGUUUGUUGACUGACUACUCACUCUCUGACCAGCUCGAAUUUGAGGAAAGGGAUGGCUUUGCGCCUCCUCAUUCGCUGCGCCAUGGCCCACCGGAUGCCCUUGACGUUCCGCUGCAGCCACGCGAACCCCUGCCGCUUGUCGAAGGUGUCACCCAUUAUCGACACAUAGACAGUGGCGUGCCGCAGGUCCCUGGCAACCGUCACAUCGACGAUAGACGUGCCCGAGAGCACCGCCUCGUCCGCAAAGCCCGCCCUCGAAGGCCCGCCACGCAGAAAGAUGUCAGACAAGGAAUCCAUUAUGUCGCGGCCAAGCCGACCUGCAUUCACGACACACCAACACUCAAGAAUGAUGGAUGUCAGCUGACUUACCCUGCAUGAUUUGAAGGCGUUUGGGGUCCAGCAGGCCUCGCCCUCGCGCAUUCAGCCUCGUCAGAAGAUUCAUCUUGCUGCUGCGCCGCCCACCGUUGGGCAUAGCGGUGAUGAAAGCGUCACGCCACAGAAAGCUCCUCGGUGCGUCGAGCAUGCGGCCGAGAGCCUCCCGGAGCACCGUUGACAGCAAUGCGAUGCCGAGCUGGAGGCCGAUGAAAGAAGACCGCAUCACGCGCGCAGAUCUGGGGCAGAUCUGACUUUGCAGGGAUAGAUGAAGGUUCCAAGGAC